AUGCGUAUGGCGCGACAGUCGGUGCCGCGUAGCCUUGCGUUUAGCCUCGCGGUAGGUGGCACGGCCCUGGCGCUUGCGCAGCCGCCGCUCCUCCUGGAGACGACCGACUCGAAGCGCAAGAGCUGGGCGGAGCGCACGACGCGGCCCCCGACGACCAUCACCCGGACUAGGGUGGAAGUCGAGGAGGAGGAGGCCGAAGAGGAGGAGGCCGAGGAGAAGGCGCCUGCGGCCGAUGCUCAGGAGGAGGACGAGCAACAAUCGGCCUUCGAUGAACGCACGGGCGAGAUCAACUGGGACUGCCCUUGCCUCGGCGGCAUGGCGGACGGGCCAUGUGGCGAGGAGUUCAAGCAGGCUUUCAGCUGCUUCAUUUUCUCCGAGGAGGAGCCCAAGGGCAUCGAGUGCGUCGACAAGUUCAAGCACAUGCAAGACUGCUUCCGCAAGCACCCCGAGAUCUAUGCGGAGGAGAUCGAGGCGGACAACAUCGCCGAGGCCGAGGUGUCCGCGGAGGCCAACCCGGAGGCGCUCCAGGAGGAGGAGUAG